ACGCCCACGCUCAAAAUCCUGCCUUCGAUCGAGGUUCGGCUGCGAUCAUCUGGAGUUUUUAAGUUUUGGAAACUAAAUACUGGCAUUAUUUCCUUUGAAUUUAAGACAAGUUUGGAAAGAAAUUGACAGAAAAUGGCAAGGGCUGCCCUCGGUCAAACCCAUGAUUUGGCCAGCUUGCCAUAUCUUGAUGAAGAAGUUCUCCUAGCUGAGAUAAAGCAUCGAUAUAGUGAUGAUCAAAUCUAUUCCUAUGUAGGUGACAUCCUGGUUGCUGUAAACCCAUUCCGGGACUUGGGAAUUUAUGGAAAGAAGUAUACAGACCAGUACAAACAGUCCAAACGUAAUGAUAAUCCACCCCACAUCUACGCAGUAUCGGACCUUUCCUACCAGUUUAUGCUUUCAGGGACUGCAGUAGGAGGAAAAAAGAAUCAAUGCAUCGUCAUCAGUGGGGAGAGUGGAGCUGGGAAAACGGAGAGUACAAAACUGAUUAUUAAACAGCUCAUUGAACUAUGCAAGGGAAAAUCACAGCUCGAACAACAAAUCUUACAGGUUAACCCCUUAUUAGAAGCGUUUGGUAAUGCACAAACAGUCAUGAAUGAUAACUCAAGUCGCUUUGGAAAAUACAUCCAACUUAAAUUCAAGGAAGGAACAGUGAUGGGGGCCAAGAUCUCUGAGUAUCUAUUGGAGAAGUCCAGAGUGGUCUUUCAGAAUCCUGGAGAAGAGAAUUUUCACAUCUUCUAUUACAUGCUGGCUGGAUUGGAUGAGGAGAUGAAGAAGAAAUUACAGCUGGAGAAUGCUUCAGAUUAUAUGUAUCUCAGAAACGGGCCAUCAUGUCUUAAAAACAACCCAGCAGGACUGAAAAAAUACUUUGAUGAGCUCAUAAAUGCCAUGGAUCUCGUAGGCUUCUUGGAGGAGGAGAAAGAAGAUAUGUUUCAUAUUCUAGCCAGUGUGCUCGCUCUUGGACAACUGAAGAUAGAGGCUAACGAAGAGGAUGCAGCGUACAUCACAAAUCCUGAAGCUGCUCAGAAAGUUGGGGAUCUUCUCGGGAUUGCAAAGGAAGAUUUGAUGUCAAACUUGACAUAUACAACCAGUGUAGCACAUGGAGAGAGAUUUCAGAGGAACUAUACCAAGUCACAAGCACAAGAUGCUAGAGAUGCAAUGACAAAGGCUCUCUAUGGGCGUCUCUUCAGUUGGAUUGUGAACAAGAUCAACCAGCUUCUUGCCCCAGAAGAACAACUUGAUCCAAGCCAGGCUACCGAGAUUGGUAUUCUGGACAUUUUUGGGUUUGAACAUCUGCAGACAAACAGCUUUGAGCAAGCUUGUAUCAACCUAGCCAAUGAACAACUCCAAUACUUCUUCAAUCAGCAUAUUUUCUUGUUAGAACAAGAUGAGUACCAGAGAGAAGGCAUUGAUUGGUCCAACAUUCCUUUUGUCAACAACGAACCACUCCUUGGUCUAUUCUUGACCAAACCAAUUGGUAUCUUGGCGCUCGUAGAUGAGGAAACCCUCUUUCCUAAGGGUAAUGACCACAGUCUAGUUGAGAAAAUGAACAAGCACUUUGCUCGUAAUCAUCAUUACAUCAAAGCAAAGAUCUCAACCAGUAAUACAUUCAGUGUGGAUCACUAUGCUGGACGGGUUUCCUAUGAUGCAACUGGCUUCCUGGACAAGAAUAGGGAUACUCUUCCAAACGCAGUUACCACCAUGUUGCAGAACAGCAGUAAUGACCUUCUUGCGCGUGUGUUCCGAGGCACAAUCACCAGAACAGGAACCCUAGCUCUACAGAACAGAAUGAGCAAGAAGAGGUCAAGAAAGUCUCUAAAAAAGAGAGGAGCCCCUAAGGCUACAGUGAAGAAGAUCACGGUUGGAGCACAGUUUAAGACAUCUCUGGCUAUUUUGAUGGAGCUUCUUAACAUGUCCAAUCCUCACUUCGUUAGAUGCGUCAAACCAAACACUUCCAAGUCGGCAAGAAACUUUGAUGAUAAAUAUAUCACUGCUCAGCUGAGAUAUACUGGAAUGCUGGAGACAACUAAGAUCAGACGUCUAGGCUAUGCUAUCAGACCACAGUUUGUUGAUUUCGUCAAGAGGUACAAGGUACUUGCUUUGAGUCCGAAGCUGGCCACAGAUAAGAGAGGAUGCGUCAAAAUCUUGGAGACCAUUGGACUCAAAGACUGGAAAGUAGGAAAAACCAAAGUGUUUUUGAAGUACUAUCACCAGGACAUGCUUGAAGAGAAGAUGAGAAAAAUGGGAGAAUCAGCCGUUCAUCUCACAAGAUUGGUACGAGGGUUCCUAGCCAGACGUCUAUUCAGACGGCUCCAGGAGAAAGCAGCCAAAGAGAAGGCAGAGAGUGAAGCCUUCUUGGCUAAACUAGAAGCUCUGAGUCUCAAACAAUCAAACAACAUGAUGGAUAUGCUCCAGAAAGAUAAGAUGAUUCCACACGAAUUUGUUGAGAAGCUUCACAAUGCUACGGGUGUGGUGACCUUUGAUGCAAAUGCCCCUGUUGUCCAGGAAUCUGAACCAGUAGUUCAGGAGGAAAAGGCUGCCUCUCCUGAUGAAGAUGAUGAGGAUGAUGAUGAUGAUGACGACGAGGAUGAUGAUGUGAUUGAAGAUGAGUUUGUGAAACAUUCUCAUUAUAAAUUUGGACGUGUUGGAACAAAGUCUGCCUCUAUUAUGUGGUUUAAGGAGACGCAGUCCAUGAAACUCAAGAAAGAUGGUGGUACCUUUUACCCCUGGUUUCAUGGUAUCAUUACCCGCAGACAAGCAGAGGAACUGCUGCUACCCAAGCCAGUCGGAUCCUAUCUUCUUAGAGUUAGUGAGAGUCGGUUUGGAUACUCACUUUCGCUCAGAGGCGCGGAUCGUUGCAAACACUUCAUGAUAGAUCAACUUCACAAUGGAAAAUAUGUAGUGGUAGGAGAGCCCCAGGUUCAUAAGACAUUGAAUGAUCUGAUUAAGUUCCAUUCUCUGAAGAAGAACCCUAUAUCACCAUUUGGAGACCUUUUGAUUGAAGCUUGUGGACAGGAAGAGGGAGAGUGUGACUAUUCUGAUCUUGUUGAUAGGGAUGAUGACAAGAGAAGCUCUACCUCUUCUACAUCAUCCAUGCCGUCACGUUAUAUCCCGUCGCCCUCUGAUGUGGGGUAUUUGACCCCUGACCCCCAGCCCACUCAGAAGCAGCACUCCCCCUCUCUUCAGCGUCGUCUGACAUCUGGACCUAGAUCUGUGUCACCGUCCCCUUCCAAAGCUGUCAGAGGUGCCAAGGGGUCUACACAGAGACCCGUCAGUGCUGCAUCCUACCUGAGUGUAACCGAUGAUACCAAUGCUCGAAAUAAACCUCAACUCCCAGAGAGAGAAGGAGACUAUGAUGCAGCUGGAAGACGUUGAAGAGAAGUCGAGCAAAAGCGUGGUGUAGCCCAUACCUUUCGUCGAUCAGCCUUCAGACAGAAGUCUCCAAGUCGCCCACCAUCAUCCCAGUUCUAAAAAAAGAAGAGCCAAGAGUGUACAUUCAACGGCCAUAUUCUUUCUUUUCAGUCCUGAAAAAAAGAUAGUGAACCUUCAGAUCCGUUUUCUCAGUUCUAGAAAGAAAGAAAUCUAUAUUUAAGUGGAUUUCUUCUGCUCAUCUUUGUCUUCCAUGUUAUGAGUUCAAAGGAGAGGAAUAACCUUCAAGCAGGAAUGCUCUAGAUUUUAUUUGUUUUCUAGCUCUUACUGAAAAAGAACAAAUAAUUAAUUUAUAGAGGAUAAGAUUCAAGCCCCUCUUUUUUAUCUCAGUGUACCAUUGCUAAACCAUGACUAGUAAAUCAACUAUUAAGUUAAGAGUGUGUUACUCUAUUCCUGAAAUGAUUGACAAAAUAUAUUGUUACAAUGACAACUCAUUUAAACAAGAGUAUUUAAUGUGUAAAUUUAGUCUCUUUUAGAAAUAGGAUUUCAAAUGAAUCUCUAAAAAAUGAAUUGUAUGUAAAUGUUUCAAAAUGGUUUAAAAAACCCUUAUGUUUCUCUCCAUUUUUUAUAUUGCAUUUCAUGGACAGUCAGCCUUUAUGUUAACUGAAAUAUACAGCAAAGUAUUUAAUAAUUCUAUGAUACACUGUGGAAUAGAUUUUAAUAUAGAACACAUUGAAUUUACUCAUACUUAAUUUUCAAUGCCACGUUGACAGUAAUUAUUUCAACAACAUGGGCUUUCAAUUGUAUUCAGCUAUUAUUCAAUAUUGCAAGGAUCUAACCAAAGAAAAUUGUUCACAUAUAAUUGAAAUAGCAUUCUAAUGUUGGGUUGGUUUAUGAUAUUUAGAAUAUGUCUUUCAGUGUUGUAUUGUGUACAAGUAGUAGUACUUUAGUGUGUGUGAUUGAGUACUUGAAGAAAUAACCAGAGAUAACCUAAUCAUUUUUAUAUAAUCUAUACAAGUAUUUUUAUAUUCACAUUCACUGCAUAAAUGUUACAACUUAUUUGCAGUGAAAAUAUUGGGUAACUUGUUCAAGUCUUAAUGAUUAAUCAUUUGAAGCAUGUUUGUAAUUGUGAUUAGUAAUGGUUUAAACAGCAAAGCGUGUCUUUAUAGCAGGGAAUCAAUCCACUAUAUACUACAGUGCAUGUGCAUGUCAAUUUCUAUUUAGUAAAUAACAAUUGACACUAACAGUAGUUACAAGCAACUGUAUUAACAAAUAACAUUGCAUUAAUAUGUAUGGAUAUUGAAUAUGGGGGUUCAUAUAAAAAUAUUUGAGAGGUUAUACAGUGCGUAUCAAAAAAAAGUUUACACUUUGAAAAAGCCCUCGGAAUUAAAAAAUAUACAACAUGUGGGUAAUUUUUUCACAUAUGGUGAUUGAUAUUUGUGUAAUUGUACCAAGUUAAAAUAAAUCUCAGUAACUUUUGAGCGCAUAUACGUGGGGCUGAAUCACAAUCUUAUCAUAAAGUUCUAAAAUUGAAUAUAUCUGUAAGUUUAUCAACAUUGCCCAUACAUAACUAUAGUGGUAGGGUUGUCCACAAAAUUUUUAUGAUGGUAGAAGUGUUGAAUAAACAUGGGCAUAAUUACUUGUGUUUUGAAAUAUGCAAUAAAUGCUAUUCAGUCCGAUAUAAAAAGUGGCAAAACUAGAAUGUAAUCUUUCACUUUCUAAAUCCCCUUCUCUCUAUCUUUUAUCCCAUUCUCUCGUUUUAUUACCAGGACUAUGACUAAUAUGCUUUUCACACUGCAUUUCCUUAACCCCAUACUAUCCUUAACCCCAUACUAUACCCUUAACCCCAUACUAUCUUUUUUUAAAUUCACACUGUCUUUCUUAAAGGGGAAUCCAACCCAAAUAAAAACUUGUUUUUAUAAGGAAAAGAAAAAUCAGACAAGUUGAUAGGAAGAAGUUUGAACAAUAUUGGACAAACGACAAGAAAGUUAUGAAUUUUCAAAAGUUGUAAAUAUUGGUAAUCACUAUACCCAUGGAGACUUCAAAUUGGCCACAUAUGGGAUGUCAUAGUGAUGUAAGGCAAGGACUACUCUUCCAUGUACUCCAAUACAUAUUAUGGCUAAAAUGUCAUUUUCCCCAAAAGUUUUAUUUCAAAUUAUAUUUUUCUUUCAUGAGGACAUUCAACAUUAUACUACCUGGGUUAUAUUUAGAUUACUGCCCCAGGGGAAUGGGUACUUAGGAGAAAACCACAAAUCCCUGAUAAUAAAGUACAUGGCCUAUGGGAAAGUUGUCCUUGCCCCUUGUCAUAAUUUACUUACCCAGUUGCCAAUUUGAAAUCUACAUAGUAUUAGUGAUCUCAAUUUUAAAGCAGCUAUAACUUUCUUAUUGCUUGUCCGAUUUCUUUCAAACUUUCACCAUUCUGUUUAAUUUAUUUUUCUCCUUCCCAACACAACAUUUUAUGGCCAAGGCUGGAUUCCCCUUUAACCCAAUACUAUUUGCUUAACCGGGGUUAACACCUUAGCCCCGGACUAUCACACAGCUCAUGAAUAUUGAUGAUUUUACCAUAUUGAGCGUGAUUAACGUGCAAUUUCAACUUCUGUGAUUGGCUAAUGCUUAGCCCCACUUUUCCUUAGCCCUGUUUCGUUUCACACUGCAUCUAUUAGCACCGCAAUUGUGGUGCUAGCACCACAAUAAGCCGGCUAACCCUGCUUUUUUGCAGGGCCAGAUAGUACCGUACUAUUUACCGUGCUAGCCCACUUUGCUAAAACGUAGUGUGAAAACGAAGUGGGCCAAGCUUAACCCCGGGAAAUUGGUGGGCUAAGACCCCCCCUUAGCCCCACCAAUUUCACGGGGUUAAGGAAAAAAAGUGCAGUGUGAAAAGCAUAUUAGUAAAUUUAGUAUUUGAUGUAUGGACAUGUAAAUUUAUUGAAAUACUAAAAUAAAAUCUUGUUCAACAUUUGAUUUAUAGAGCUACUGUAUUAUUGAUGCAAAGAAUAACUUGUUUGUGAUAGAGCUACAAGCUUUCCAUUUGCAAAAAUGGGGUAGGUAUAUGUAUUUAUAUACAUGUAUUGUUUAUAAGAAUGUAUAUGUAUCUUGUACAAUAUGUAUAUUAAAUUGUAGAAUGUUGACAGUGUUUUGGUUAAGACUAGCACCAAUUUUAUUUCACACAGUAAGUAAAAACGUAGUUGUGGUACCUGCGAAAGGCAGCACCAUUUUUACUCUCCUUUCAUUUUUUACAUACUCUCACCCAGUCUGACACUCUUAUAAAUUGUUUAAUUGGAUUUGAUACAAAUUAUCAAAUUUCAUGCUGUUUGGAGAUUGUUAUACAUUGUUUGUUAUCUUGGAUCAUUUGAUAAUGAACAUUUGAAUUCAUUCCCCUACAUGUGAAUAUAACGGGGACAAUCCUUCACUGGAAUCAGUCUGAUGUACCUCAAAAUGAUACUUUCUUGUAACAGGACUAUAUUAUAUUGGGCUUCACAUUGUUGUAUAUAUUUUGUAUUUGAUUUUCCUGAUCAUAAUAAGAUGACACAAUAGUACCUCGUGGAUUAUGCUCAAACAAUAUUCAGUGGAAUCAUUGUAAUCCUGUGUUCUGACUCUCGCCUUUCAAUCAGAGAUUCAUGGGUUUGAAUCUCAGCAGUUGCAUUAUUUCCUCCAGCAAAAAAUGUAUUCAUGUUGUGCUGCACACAACCAAUGUGCAGGUACAUGUAAUGGUGACUCGUCAGAAAAAUGCAUUCCUUGAAAUAUGUGCACCCUGUUCGUGGAUAGGGUACAGCCAGGCUAGUAAUGACAAUUUGUGUCUUGACCAUUCUACUACAGUGUGGAUAGUGAAUAUGAGUGCUUUCAUAGUAGUUAGCAUAAUUGUCAUCAUUAUUGUACAAGAUGUGUGCACUUAAUUCUCAAAAUGAAUUAUAUGCCUGGUACAAUGGGUGGGUAAAAACAUUUGGUGAGGAUUGCCCCUUAAAUGACCCUUUCCAUCAGACAAUAUAUUACAGUUAGAUUAGGACAUUGUUGUGGAUUAUGACUGGAUUUUAUGACCUAUUCUCAAUGAUUUAUGCACAGUUUGUAGCGGGUUUUGUGUGAAAGACAUCCGAGUCAGGGGAGUGUUUCAUCAACAUUUUUGUCCUCCAAGUUGUCAGAUCUAAUAUCUUUGCUAGGUUUUGAUUGGCUGAGAGGCACUGUUACUAUGGUAACUGUCGGAUAAAACUUCCGACAAGUCCUUUCAUGAAACACCCCCCCCCCCAGAAUACCAACUUUUUAUUUAUAAUAUUUUGAUAGGUGACAGAGAUGAUCUAUCAUAUACUCAUUGUCACUCAUUCAGGUUCAUUGCCAUGAUAGUUACUCAUUGUAUUGUACUACCACCUCUAAAGCUCAAACUGUGUAUUAAAGUGAUUGGUUAACAUUGGUUUGACUUUUAAAAAAUCUGAGCUAGAAGGUCACACUUGUCACCUGUGUCUGUGAUAUGUUACAAAAAUGAAGCCCAGAAAAAAAUUGCGUUCGAAAAUAAU